CAGGCACAGAAUAAGACAUCUAUUUCCGGGUGACUCUAGUCUUGGGGUCCUGACUGCGCUCGCUUUGGAAAUUGCGUGCAGACUAUACGGUCGGUAAUAUGUCUGGAAGAGACGGUGGCAAGAAGAAGCCCUUAAAACAGCCCAAAAAACAAGCAAAAGAAAUGGACGAUGAGGACAUGGCUUUUAAGCAAAAACAAAAGGACGAGCAGAAACAGAUGGAGGCGAUGAAAAACAAAGCUGCAGGAAAAGGGCCAUUUGCUGGCACUGGGAUCAAGAAAUCCGGAAAGAAGUGAAAUGACCUUUGGGAAGAUGUUUUGCGUCUCCAUGCUUUCGGGUCCAUUUUGAAAGUCAAAAAUUUAAACUGUGUUCUUUUUUGUGAUAGUUUUGCAACUAUUGUAUUACCUCAGACAUGGUUUUGUUUCGCUCCCAGAAAGCCCCAAUGAAAGACAGCAGUUGCGUACUUCAUUAAACCAUAACUUUUUCUGACACCUGAGGGGUGUUCCACGAAGCAGGAUUUCAAAGUUAGCUGGGUUAAUUUAGACUAGAAGUCAUGACUGUCCAAUAAGAGUUUAGGUAAAGAGCAUUCCUAUUGGGCAAUGACUUCUAGUUUAAGUUAACCCAGCUACCAGAGAAAUCCUGCUUUGUGGAAUACCCCCUGCUUUCAAUAUGCAGCAUUUCUAAAGUCCUAAUUGUCAUUUUUGAGUUGUUUACCUGACUUGUCACAUGAAUUUUGGCUUUCUUAGAUCUCCCCUAAAAUGUAAACAUAUGAAUUAAAGUAUAUCUGAAACCCAGAA